AUGAUAUCUGGCCCUGAAGAGCAUAAGCCAUUGGUUGUGAAGGAAGAGGUCGUCGAGGAGAACCAUUUCUUGGUCUGGGACCAUAUAAUAUUAGCUGAAGAAUACCCGUUCCGCGCCACGUGCAUGUACUGUCAAGCUGGUUUCCAAAUAAGAGGUGGCACUUCGGCGGUUUUGCGGCACCUGAAAACGCACCACUGGAAAAUAAUUGACUUCUCCGAUCUUUUGCCGACCACACGACGACCCAAAAUUAAGGCUGAAAUUGAAUCUGAUGAAAACGACGAAGCGUGCAGCAGCUACAUGGAGAGCAUCAUUCGACUUCUUCCACCUUCCGAAGUCUCCGAAAAGCUUCCGGCGCGGGAAUCUGGAGAUGAAGUUGCCCCGGAAUAUCAGAUAGAGCAGGAGUCUGACCAGAAUGGAAAAGAAGAGCUGAAUGAUAUUCGAAAGCAAUUGGGAAUAAUUGAGGAGACGAUUGUUGAAGAUGUAGGGGUUCGUCCGACUCAGCAGGCAGAAUCGCAGUGUACUGAAAAGGCGGUAAAGAAGCGAAAACGCAAAAGUGAUACGAGUCCGGAGAAGGGAAAAUCUGAAAAAGCGGCUAUUCUUAAAGAGGCUCAUCUCAAUAAUUUGCUCAUUACCGAUGAUGAGACUAAAAAGCUUUUCCAUGAAUCAUUAAAGGCCACAAUUGCAAGAGAAGCAGCUAUGACUGAAUACUAUCGAAUGAAAACAAAGAAAAUCGAGCUCGAAAUGGAGCGAUUUGAACCUGUCAUGAUGUCAUUUUUGUACUUCCUCCAACUCGUCAACAAUUGGCCGCAAAUGAUAAUGCUAUCCUGGAAUAAUCUUAUUAAUACCCCGCAAAAGGCGUUAGAGAUUCGAGCUUAUGGUAAUCGAAGCUAUCAAUGGAAUACAGUAGAUGAUAUUCAAUCGACAAUCUCCGUAUUUCUAUCGGUUUGCCAUGAAGUUGAGAAUUCGAAAGACUUGAGAUUUUCUUGGGAAAUUUACAAGAACCAAGACUAUCUUGAUCGAUCCAUUACAACUCCUAAUUGCUCAAUUGUGGUCCCAAUGAGCACCAAGAUUGAUUAUCGCGCGAUUCUCAAAAUUACCAAAAAAUCGAAAAUACUGUUCGAAACCGACCAGAACAUUAAAAAGCCUUCAUUAUACUGGCUAGCUGCCCUUGGCGACUCGUUUUCAUCUGGACAAGGGAAUCCGGACAAACCGAUCGGUAAUGGAACAGAAGCUGAAUGGCUAGAUGAAACGUGUCAUCGCUCAAAAAAAUCAUUUCCUUAUUUGGCGUUCGCCAAAAAUUCUGCAAAAACACCAACUGCCUUCACAUUCCUCUCGUGCUCAGGCGCUUCCGUGGAAAAUGGCAUCCUAUCCAAUAAUGGUCAAAUUCACCAAUUGGAAAUGAUCAUGAAGAAGGCGCAUUCGAUUCCGAAUUCGUUGAUACUAACGAUUGGCGGAAAUGAUAUCGGCUUCACCGACAUUCUGGCGAAUUUUCAAAAUGGGAAAUCAUUCGGCGUUUCGAUUGAUAUGAGAUUUUUCUACGUUUCUCAUCAGUUGGAUCGAGUGGCUGCCAAGUUGGCCGAAUUGUCAAUUCAGAAGGUCAUUCUGGUUACCUAUUAUGAUAUUACUCGCAACGAACAUGGCAUUGUCGAUUCUUCGUGUGGUCUUUUGGGAAAGAUCUCGCAACGAAAUCUCCAAUACGCCGAACGCCAAAUCCUUCAAAAGCUCAAUUCCCUUUUACUUCGAAAAGCCUCCAAAUACGGAUGGCUGACCGUGAACUGCAGCGACAUUUUCCGGAAUCAUGGACUGUGUUCGAAGCAUUCACUUAUAAGGUCCCGCAGCGAAUCACUGCUCUUGCAAGGCAAUGAGUACGGUAGCUUUCAUCCAAACGCCGAAGCUCAUCAAUUGAUCUCGCAGCGAAUUUCGGCGCUAUUAUAA